AUGUCACUAGCUUCGGGAGGGAGUUCGAGGAUUGUCAAUGAGCCCCAGAUGAAGAUACUCCUUUGGAACUGUAGAGGGUGCAACAGCCCAGAGUUCAGGCAAAGUUUUAAGGAUCUCAUAGAAUGGAACAAGCCCUCCAUCGUAUGCCUUACAGAGACACACAUACAGAGCCACUAUGACCUCAUCGGCUUUGUUAAUUUAACUGACCUGUCUGAGAUUAGUACAGAUGGAUACUCUAGCGGUGCUUCAUUAAUGUGGAAACAGGAAGAGCUUACUACUGACCUCGUUGCCACCACUGACCAGGAAAUCCACGUCAAUAUCCAAGUAAGAGGCACAUCCCACAUUUGGCUUUUAUCUCUAGUUUACGCAAGCACAGAUCUCGCUAACAGAAGCAUAUUAUUGAAUAACUUAGAAACCAUUGCUAGAAACCAUACUUUGCUUUGGCUUCUCUGUGGGGAUUUUAAUGAAGUAACAUCGGCCUCCGAAAAGUUUGGAGGAAGGCCAAUUAAUAAUACCAGGGCUAAUACUUUUAUACAAUGCCUAAACAAUCUUGAUAUGAUUGACCUAGGGUUCAAGGGACCAGGUUCACGUGGUCAAAUAAAAGGAAAAUAA